AUGUACGAAGUGGACACUUAUCUCGCUUCUCGCGAACGAUCUCCUGUUAAACCAAAUACCUACUCUCUGAAAGGGAGAGUGCAAGAUAAUAUUUCUUACAAAUUAUUCAUCAAUAUUUGCUAUCAUUUGCCUCCCUCUGACUUGUUCAGGUUGGCCUGCGUGUGUAAACGUUUUAACAACCUCCUAGACGAAAAUGUCUUACCGCUCUCUUCGGAGAUUUGGAGAUUAUCUCGAGAAAGACUCACUCCUUUUGAUGCGAUGAAGUGCCCGCCUGGAAUGACCGAAUUUCAGUUCGCGAGGUUGUUAUGCUUUCAGAAUGGAUGUCAAAUAUGUAAAAAUAAGAAAAUUACUGUGACCAUAUAUUGGAUUGCACGCGUUCGUGCGUGCAUGGAUUGCAUAUUCAAAAAGGCUAAGAGUCGGCAAUUUCUUCUAAAGGGAAAUUAUGGAUUUACAGAUAGAAUUCUCAGCGUUGUGCCACCGCUUGUCCCAAGUCCUGAUGAUGAAAUCGACAAAAACUUUUAUUGGAUGACGCACGCUAUUUCAGCAAAAAUCAAGUACAUUAAUAUGAACAAGAGAAAGUUUAAAAGGUGGGCUGAGAAUUUGAAGAAUGAAAACUUUUUUGAAUUUCAGCAAGCCAUUCAAUAUCACGAAUUAGUUAAAAAAGUGUGGAACGAAAAAAUUCACGAACGUGAGUUGGAGCUAAAAAAUACCAUUCAAGAGGUGUGCUCGGAAGUUGGCACGCUGUGCCAAAUUCCGCUAUCUUUGAAUCUCAUGAGAAAUAUUAGGGUAAAUCCUUUUAUUGUGCCUGAUUGGUCGAGUUAUCGUAAGAAGUUGAUCAAAAUUGUAAGUCAAGACACUUUCAACUCGACGUCAUCAGUUGACAACGUCAAUUCAAAGUCACCAGUAAAAAAAUCUCUUCAGGACUUUAUGAGGGAAGACAUUUGUAAGAAAUUGAGAAAUCACACUUAUUAUCAACAACCUGAUGAUCGCAAAUCGAAACCUUUUUUGAACAUCGAGGACAACUUUUUUAAAUACAUUCGAAUGUGUCCGUCCUACAAAGAUCCUCCCCUGGACCCCCGUUUUCCUAAUCCGGUGCGCAAGUAUUCAUAUUCCGAAGAUUUUUGGAGGACUAAACUUCUUCCGACUCUUCUUGACGAAGCCGAGAAGCUGCAUUCUUCUGGAAUUAACUCACCUCAGUGCAUAUUUGAUCUGAGUGCGUUAGAAGGAAUGGUAACACAAUGUCCAUUGUUCAGAUGUCAAUUGUGUGAAGAUGACUUUCCGUGCAUUGGUUUUAGAAAAAUGAAGAAGCACAUGUCCAAGAUACACAAGAUCUUUGGCGAGUCUGAAAAAAUAAAAAUGAUAAAAAUAGAUAAGGCAAAAAUGAUCGAUCACCUGCACUUCGUUUUUAGUCUACGCGAACAACUUUUUUGA